CUGACGCUAAAAAAGAAACACCCCGCUAUGGCCUCAUAACGGAUAGAGAGAUCUAAAGUUAAAAGCCCCGCCAUCUAUAAGGUGUGAGUUUAAACGUAUUAUAGUUUAGGUACCUUUUAAGUUAUUUUAUGAGUAUCACCCCCCUCUCCCCUAAUAGUUCAAAAUACUUGAAAAAUACCUAAAACAGUAUGACACGGUUCAGACCAUGUAUAGACCUACACGCCGGCCAGGUGAAGCAGAUCGUGGGCGGAACCCUCGAUAGCUCCACCGCCGAGCUCAAGACGAACUUUGUCUCGCAGCAUUCCGCCGGGCAUUUCGCUCGUCUAUACCGAGAUCAUAAUCUCGAAGGGGCACAUGUCAUUAUGUUGGGCUCUGGAAAUAAUGACGCUGCGAGUGAGGCACUGGCGGCGUGGCCGGGCCAUCUCCAGGUCGGAGGUGGUAUCAACGACCAGAACGCUGCGACGUGGAUAGAACAGGGCGCUAAUAAGGUCAUCAUCACAUCCUUCCUCUUCCCCGGAGGCAAGUUCAGCCAGGAACGUCUAGACGCCGUGCUAGCUGCCCUCGGCGGCCGAAAAGAUAACCUCGUUAUCGACCUUAGCUGUAGGCGACAGGGCGACGAGAAAUGGUUUGUAGCUAUGAAUAAAUGGCAGACUAUCACCGACAUGCAAGUAAACCAAGAGUCCAUUAAAAUUUUAGAGCCGUACUGCUCCGAAUUCCUCAUUCACGCCGCCGACAACGAGGGUCUCCAGAAGGGCAUCGACGAGAAACUCGUCGAGAAGCUUGCGGAGUGGUGCAGUAUACCGGUAACGUAUGCCGGUGGCGGGAGAAAUAUUGACGACCUUGAACUUGUCAAGAAACUGAGCCGUGGAAAAGUAGACCUUACAAUUGGCAGUGCCUUGGACUGUUUCGGCGGCACAGGGGUAAAAUUUGAUGACUGUGUUGCGUGGAAUGCUAAGCAAGGGGAAUGACAUGACCACAACAAUAAAAGACAAAACACUAGCUAGAUAAUAGAAGAAUCUCUUAAUAGACCUUGCAUACAUGAGGGAAGAGCCUAUUUUGCGACGAUAGAUAAACUAUGAGUAUCAGUCUCACCUACACUUCGCGACAAGAAAUCCGGUUGACGAGGUAUAACCACAA